AUGUUUACAAAUGUUAAUAGAAUUCAGCGUAGAAAUGUAAAAGAAUUAGAUAAAAAUGUAAACAACUGUAUUAACUCUGUUGUUGAUUUCACGCAAACUGAUAAUGCAUCUGAAAAUCAAGUGAGCAUUUUCAAUAAUCCAUUUCCAUCCAAUGAAAUAGGUGGUUACAUAAAUACUUCUAAUUCAUCCAAAAAUCAGUACAAACUUGAAAUAAAUGAAUUAAAAGUAAUUGAUGAUUUCAUUGAACGUUUAUGGAAAGUUGGUGAAAGAGGUCGUAAAGGCCGUAUGUUAACAGAAGAAGAAAUGACAAUGUUAUGCCAUCGAUCAAGACCAUUAUUCUUAGCUCAACCAAUAGUGUUAACACUACGUGGACCAAUUAAAAUAUGCGGUGAUAUACAUGGACAAUAUUGUGACUUAUUACACUUAUUUGAAUUAUGUGGUAAACCAGAAAAUGUUAAUUAUUUAUUCUUAGGUGAUUAUGUAGACCGUGGACGACACAGCCUUGAAACCAUUUCGCUACUUUUAUGUUAUAAAUUAAAAUAUCCAUCACGAUUUUUCCUAUUACGUGGAAAUCAUGAAAGUCAGUCAAUAACAAAAAUUUAUGGAUUUUUUGAUGAAUGUAAGCGUAGAUUUUCUGCAAAAUUAUGGAAAGUAUUUAUUGAUACAUUUAAUUGUUUACCAGUAUGUGCUAUCAUUGAAAAUCAAAUAUUUUGUUGUCAUGGUGGUUUAUCCCCGGAGUUUUUAACACCAGAUUUAUGUGAUUUGAAUGAUUUAAAGUUGAAAAUCCGUAGUUUAACACGACCAUGUGAUGUACCAGAUGCUGGAAUAUUAUGCGAUUUAUUAUGGGCUGAUCCAUGGUAUAUAGACGACACAAAUGAUAAAAAUACACCAGAACCAAGUGGUUGGGAGUCGAAUGAACGUGGUGUAUCCUACAUGUUUGGUGCUGAUAUUGUUGAUCAAUUUUUAGAAAGAUUCAAUCUUGAUCUUAUAGUUAGAGCACAUCAAGUUGUUGAAGAUGGCUAUGAAUUUUAUGCAAAUCGGUCAUUAGUGACAAUAUUUUCAGCACCGAAUUACUGUGGUGAAUUUGACAAUGCUGCAGCUGUAUUCUGUCUAAGUAAGAUAUCAAAUCAGAUUGAAAAUUUACAGCCAACCUUUUGUAACUUAAUUAACGAUGAAAUUGAUCAGUCUUUACAGAAAGAAGCUGAUUUAGAAGGCAGCUUUCAAAUAAUACGAUCUAUAGUACCGAAUAAAAAGAAGGAUUAG